GGGUGGGCGCCCGAGGAGAGGCGGCGUGGAGUUGAGGCACGGGUACAGCUGGGGUGUAGGGACCAUGCAGGGGGUGGCUGGUGCCCCGGAUCCCAGCCCAGGCUCUGGCCUGACUGACCUGGGGCCAAGGGUCUUCCAGAGCCAGUGCUGACCCCGACGCAGCCCUGCCAGGGGAGGGAACCCAGGGAUCCCCCAGGAGGGCACAGCUGCCCCCGAAGCAGGUUCCCCAGUCUGGCACCCUGCUGGGCCCAGUCUGAGCCCUGCUGCAGCUCUGCCCUUAGGGGCCUUCAGAGAGACAGCCAGGCCUGGUCCAACAUCUCUCUGCAGAUGGAGACGGCUGUCGUGGUCUCCACUGUGCUGGGGCUCCUGCUGCUGCCCCUCUUGAUCGUGCUGCUGGCGGUACUGUGUCUGCGCUGCCGUGAGCUGCCAGGCUCAUAUGAGACUGCUUCCUCAGAUAGUUUGUACCCAAGUAACAUAUUGAUUAAGCGACCUCACACGCUCGCCCCCUGGCCACCAGUCACCUCCUACCCGCCCGUUACCUCCUACCCACCCCUGAGUGAGCCAGACCUGCUCCCCAUCCCGAGAUCCCCACAGCCCCCCGGGGGCACCCACCGGAUGCCAUCUUCCCGGAAGGACUCAGAUGCUGCCAACAGUGUGGCGAGCUACGAGAAUGAGGAGGCAGCCUGUGAGGACAUGGACGAAGACGAGGAUGAGGAAGACUAUCACAAUGAGGGCUACUUGGAGGUGCUUCCCGACAGCACUCCGGCCACUAGCACUGCCGUCCCACCAGCUCCUGUGCUCAGCAACCCAGGCCUUCGAGACAGUGCUUUCUCCAUGGAGUCAGGCGAAGAUUACGUGAACGUUCCUGAGAGUGAGGAGAGUGCCGAAGCGUCUCUGGACGGGAGCCGGGAGUAUGUGAAUGUGUCCCAGGAGCUGCAGCCUGCGGCCAGGACUGAGCCUGCCACCUCGAGUUCCCAGGAUGUGGAGGAAGAGGAGGAAGAAGGAGCUCCAGAUUAUGAGAAUCUAUAAAAGCUUAACUGAGGGCCUGGUGAGGCGAGUCUGCCUGGAGCCAGCCUUGCCGGACAGUGGAGCCGGGCAGCCGGAAGUGGCUCUGGGCGCCUCGGCUGUGCCUUUGCUCCAGCCUGACAUCAGCCUGAAAAUUUCCCCCUAACUUAUUGUCACUUUGGGGUCCAGUCUGUGUGCCCCCAACACUCUGCACCUUCUGACGCAGCCUGAGAAUGGACUACCCUGGCCCCAGCCCUACUCUCUGUCAUAGAAUAAAGGCUGGUGUGGUCUGUAGCUCUCUUGGCUUUGGUGGGCCUGGUGGGUGAGGGUGAGGUGUGCCGAGUGUCUACGUGAGUCUGUGAGUCAGAGGCUGCCUGGAUAGAUCUGCGUGUGUGUGAGUGUGUGUGUUUCUGUGGGUCUGCCCUGUCUGUGCGUCUCCAUCCUCCUCCACAUGGGCUCAUUGCUCCCACGGGUCCUGGCCCGGUAGUGUAUGAGUGACAGCAGAUGAUGACUAGGGCAGGCUGGCACUUUGGGAGCUCUGGAUGCACUCUCCAUGAGAAACACACGACAGGCAAGACGAUUGCUGAGCUGGUGGGAGUAGGGUGUGGAGGAUGGCACUGGGUGGGAGUGGACACCCAGAGUGAGUUCCUUCCCUGCUGGUCCUCUGUUUCUCCUUCUUUAAAACAAGGGGGUGGACCAGGAAACCUCCAAGAGCUUUUGUAGUUCUUACCUUUUGUGAUUUUCAAUAAAACAGAACUUACAAAAUUGUCUAAAACGUUAAAUGUUUUAGACAACUAAAAACUAGUUUGUUGUUGGUCGGCGGUUGAGUCGAUUCCAACUCAUAGCGACCCCAUGUGACAGAGGAGAACUGCCCCAUAGGGUUUUCUAGGCUGUAAUCUUACGGGAGCAGAUCACCCGCUCUUUCUCCCGCAGAGUUGCUGGUUUGAUUUGAACCACCAACCUUUUGGUUAGUAGCCAAGUGCUUAACUGCAGCAUUAAUAUGUAGUGUGGCACUUUCAAAAUUUUGAUGUGCAGACAGAUCACCUGGAAAUCUUAAAAUGCAUAUUCUCAAUGUCAUUUUUACCUAGCCAGGAUUCAUUUCCCCUUAUUUUGGGAGAUUCACCUCAGUUUUCCUCAGGGAUCCACUCCUUCUCCAAUCUCAUCCCAUGUGGUUUUAGAGAUUGUUGACCACCUCCUGUCUCAGGGUGAGCACAUGACCUGGACCUGGACCAUCAUCACCAUCCUUUCCCCUGGUCAUCAUGAUUGGUUCAGGUAUGGCCAUGUGACAAGAGCUGGGCCAAUGAAAAGCAGCCUUGGGGUUUGGGCAGGAAGUGAUGGGGAGGAGCUCUUUUUUUUUUUUCCCUCCCUGCAGUAAAGGUGGAAGGAUGUGUCCUGGAGGGAUCACUUGGGAGACCCCAGUGGGAAUGAAGCCAAUGUACAGGGCAGAAUUGCCCAGAG